GUGUGCGCGUGCGUGCGUGUGCGUGUGCGUGUGCGUGUGCGUGUAUGAGCGUGUGCGCGCGCGGCAGGAACGAGGAAAUUGGCUCGCUGACGGCAACAGGUGUCGGCGACGGCUGACGUGAUUCGCUACUACUACUGCACGCAUCACUCUUACGGAUGUACAUAUUGAUUGUCUAAGCGCGACCAAAUUCUCAACCAACUCGCGCACUGAUUUUCUAUCGAUCUCUUUGCGUUUCCUUUGCCGACAAAAAAGCCAAAACAUACAUGCACUAAAGACCAACGGGUUAUAGAAAAGAAAAGUGAGCAAUAAUGAACGGAGUUAUCGACGAAGACAAGUCGAAGCAAGGGGAGGUAGCAGUAACGAAGCCGUGUCCAUUGCGACGAGUUUCGUACGGCGAGAAUGCUGGAAGCGUCGAUAGCGACACACCCAGGACACCCAGGACAUCUACCACUCCAGGCCACGAGAAAUGCACCUUCCACCACGACAUGGAGCUGGACCACCGACCGCCGACUCGCGAAGCGCUGAUACCGCAGAUGUCGCAGAGCUACAGGAUGCUGCUGCAGGCACUGGGCGAGAACGCGGAGAGGCCCGGCCUGCUGAAGACGCCCGAGAGAGCGGCCAAAGCCAUGCUGUUCUUCACCAAGGGCUACGAUCAGAGCAUCGAGGACGUCAUCAACGACGCCAUCUUCGACGAAGACCACGACGAGAUGGUGGUGGUCAAGGACAUCGAGAUGUUCUCCAUGUGCGAGCACCACCUCGUGCCCUUCUACGGCAAGGUGUCCAUCGGCUACCUGCCCUGCAAGAAGAUCCUCGGGCUCAGCAAGCUCGCCAGGAUCGUCGAGAUCUACAGCCGACGGCUGCAGGUGCAGGAGCGCCUCACCAAGCAGAUCGCCGCGGCGGUCACCCAGGCGAUCCAGCCCGCGGGCGUGGCCGUCGUCGUCGAGGGAGUACACAUGUGCAUGGUGAUGCGAGGAGUGCAGAAGAUCAACAGCAAGACAGUCACGUCAACGAUGCUCGGUGUGUUCCGCGACGACCCCAAGACCCGCGAGGAGUUCCUCAAUUUCGUACGGGACAAAUAAACGUGGGAAUUUUCGCGGCAUGCGCAUAAGUGAGUUAUCGAAAUUAAACAAGGUAGCUAUAUACUUGAGUUGAGAAAAUUAGUUGUAUUAUCGCGCGCGCAAGUAUAGCCAGACGCGCAAAUUUCUCACUUUUAUCCAGCCAAAGUGUAUAGCUCUUUUGCGCAAUUCCGGAAAUACAUUUACGAGCAUGCACGAAAAUUCUUUAAGUUGUUACUCAUCUUGAUAAAAUGUGGAAAAGUCUUUCGUUAGCAUGAGUAACACCUUACAGUGCCUAGUAUUUAGUAUUCCUAGACAUUUUGUUAACCCAAGUAUAUAUUAUUAUUAUACACGUGAGUUAACAAAGUGAUUAAUUAAUAUCUUUUUAUCCCUGCCGCCAAGCAUAUGCUAUUUUUCAUUGUAUUAGUAGAAGAUUGCGUAUAUAUAGAAGCGAGAGAUGCCAUUUGUUAAUACGCACGUUAUAUUAUAUUAUAUUGCGGCUACGGCCUUUGCUUUGCUUCGUCUCUCUUGCGUCUAAGAGUUUAAUGACAUCUUCAGAUAUUAUUAUACAUAAAUUUUAUGAU